CCCUUCCUCGAUAGAGUCCGCGGAAGGCUCGAUCCUUGGACACUUUCUUAUAAAUGAAGGUUGUCCACUGGCUCGUUUCUCAUUUAGUCCUCCAUCCCUCGCAUUCGGAGGGAUCGAUCUCCAUGUAUACGAUCGGCCACGUACAAGCAUAUUUUUUACUCCGUUAAAUCGUCUCAGUGUGUCUGUGCAUCGAAUCGAUAGUGAUACACUAAUUACAUUAUUUCUUUUUUCUCUUCAAGCUUCGUACCGGCAAUUUCAGCUGAAAAACGAGCAGAACGAAUAAGAUACAAUGCUGAGCACAGCGACUCAGAAAUUGCAGUUCUUGUACAAGCCGUACGCGUUGGCCAUUGUUUCAGUCGGAUACGUACUUGGGGAGCUAGGUCACUAUUUAAUUGGUGUCACGAGCAAGGCGACGGCAGAGGAUUUGCACUAUGGCGACAUUUCCUGUCAAUUAAAUACAACUACGUUAGCCAUCGUGGAUCUACCGGUCCAGUGUGAAGUGGCCAAAAAUGAAAGUUUUUGCGUGUCCCUGGAAUUGAACGGGUCCCGCUAUUGCGAGUGGAACUACAACGGCCUUGGUCUCGACUAUCAAAUCCUAGCAGGGCCGAGUUUCAUCGCCGUGUUCACGAUCGUUGGCGUUAUUCUAGGUAUCGCAGCUGACAAGUACAACAGAGUAAGACUACUAACCAUAUGCACGUUGGUGUUCAGUAUCGCCAUAGUUCUAAUGGGAGCAGUUAAGAAAUAUUGGCAACUAGUCAUCCUACGUAUGGUACUAGCGGCAGGAGAGGCGGGAUGCAACCCCUUGGCCACGGGUUUACUCUCCGAUUGGUUCCCAGAGGAACAACGAGGGCUCGUUAUGUCAAUUUUCAAUUGGGGCAUCUACGGAGGCUACGGUAUCGCUUUCCCCGUUGGUCGUUACAUUCCAGGACUAAAUAUCGGAGAUUUGGGAUGGAGAGCGUGUUACUAUGGAGCUGGUAUAAUCGGACUGAUUAUGGCUGCUCUUACUUUUACUCUUUCCGAACCACAACGAAAAACGAUCGGCGAGGAGGAAACGAAUACCGAUGGAAAGAAAGUGCCAGUUUGGAAAGUAAUCCUACAACCGAGGAUCAUAGUAUUAUGCUUGGCUGCCAGCAUCAGACAUUGCGGUGGAAUGUGCUUCGCUUACAAUUGCGACCUCUAUUACAGAGAUUACUUCCCCGACUACGAUCUAGGCUGGUGGCUGUUCGCGGUGACUAUAGUGAUCGGUAGCAUCGGUGUUGUGGUCGGUGGAGUAAUUAGCGAUAAAUUUGUCGCGAAAAUGGGUAUUAGAUCGCGAGUUGCUGUUUUGGCCAUCAGCCAAAUAAUUGCUACACCGUUUGCAUUUGGCUCGGUAUACUUCAAUCCUUUAUGGGCUAUGAUCACGCUUGGUAUUUCAUAUUUCUUUGCCGAAAUGUGGUUUGGAAUCGUGUUUGCAGUGGUCGUAGAAAUAGUUCCUCUGCACCUCAGGUCAACUACUAUUGGUGCCUUUUUGUUCGUGAUGAACAAUAUCGGUGGAAAUUUACCAAUACUGGUCGAACCAACCAGAAUGGCCAUCGGAUUUCGAGAAUCUCUUUAUAUUUAUUAUGCCGGUUUCUAUGGUAUUAGUUCUAUUAUGUUCUUCCUAACCAUGUUCUUGAUGGACGGAGCCAAGAAAGAAGAAUCGAAAACGGAAAUUAGUAGGAAACCAGAAUUUGGAUAUGACAAUAAUACCUUCACUAACGACGAAGGACGAGUACCAACUUUAGAACUUCCUCGAUUAUAUCCACCACCCCUACAUCGAUUCGAAAAUUCUAGGUUAUAGAAGAUCGUAACUUCAUAACCAUCAAAGAUUCGUUGUAAAUACAUAAUAUCAGGAUUGAAAUACAAAACUAUUUUAAAUGUA